AUGGAGUGUGUUACUACAGUGAACUACUCUAUUAUUAUAAAUGGUGAACCUGCUACACCUUUUGAUGCUGCUAGAGGAUUGAGGCAAGGAGACCCUAUGUCUCCAUUAUUUUUUGUCGUAGUUACCUGCUUAAGUGAGCUAAAGGAAGAGAAGCAAUUCAAAUUUCAUCCUAAAUGCUCUGAACUGAACAUAACACAUCUACGCUUUGCAGACGCAGCCUCUGGUAUCCAUGCUAACUUGUCCAAAAGUGCAAUCUACAAUGGUGGAGUCUCUGAUGAUAUCAAGCAGGACAUUCAACAACGACUAGGCUAUGAGGAAGGUGACCUACCAUUCAGAUACUAA